ACUUUAUUUCAUGUUAUUUAUAAUCGUUAAAUAUGGCAUGAUUUAAUACAGUUUGUUUUACAUCUUGGGCCGAUAUGCGUAUGUGUUUCUUGUGCCUAGGAACUAAUGUUUGUUCAUGUGCUGGUACUGCGUGUUUUGCUGUUACACUGUACAACUCCAUGUGGGUUGACGUCUUUUUGAAGCUCUGCUGAGGUCUGUGAUAAAGUUUAGUGUGACGGGAGGUCUGUGACGAAGUUAUGCAGAAAAGGAACUAAAUUAAUCUCCUUUCACGACAAGCGGCCAACGAGGUAUUUGUUUUGUGUUUUCAUUUUCUUGUUUUCAUUCAUAUGUGUAGCACAAUAUGCUAAUGUGUUUGGCUAUGUAUGCGUGUCAUUUCGGUGUUGUAGUUCUCACGGCGUAACGGAAGAGGGAAGGCUACAGGAUGAAAACUCCCAAGAAAUAAACGCCCGUUUUAAAGAACCGACCUGUGUCUGUGUCGUGAAAAGAGCUACAGUGAGAACUCGCCUGCUCAGCGCGGGUGGGAAAGACAGCGAGACUGGAGCGAGAGACGACGCUGCGUUCAAGGACCAUCCAGCACAUCAGAGAAGCAACGCCAGCGGUGCACUGUCGGCAUGAUGACCGCAAGCUACGGUAAUUAGACUGUGUCAAAGUCGCAACAUUUCAGGAUAAAGCCAGGAAGUGCUCUACCACAUCCUUCAAGUUAAAGGUGGUGUGAGAAGUGGUUAAUCUGGAAAUUGCAAAUAAGGACUCAGGUCUAUCAUCUAUGCUAAGCCUAUGCUGGUGAUGAAGCUAAUGUGUUGGUGUUCAUGAAUGGUACAUGUCAAAGGGUUUAAAGACGAAAAUUAAUCAUAUAAGAAAGUAAAGAAAUUAUAAGUUAAUAUUAAAGAAAGAAUAUAUUAUUUAUAAGUUCAAGUUAAAAAAGAAGAACGUUUUCACAUUUUAUGAAAGGUAUUACACUUAAAGGACAAUUUACUUGAGCUUUAAAGGGUCAUUCCACUGACAAAAACAUUUUCUUUGUAAAGUAUAAGUGAUGUAAUGCCUUUCUAAGCAUAUUUCACUACAUUUAAGGUGUAUUAGUAACGAGCUAAAUCUUAUUCUUGUUAUUGUUAUUUUGUUGUAAAGCUGAGGUCAAGUUAAACUUGUUAAUGAGUGCAUACAUUUGAUAACCUCACUGAUUACUUAUGUAUACAUUCAGAGAUCCAAUUCAAGCUUAGUAGUUACACAUGCUCUAUUACAGUCGGUUAUAAGUUAUUAAGUCAUCUCAAAAUGUCAGAAGCAGGGACUGAGACCUGCCACAAAAAUGCCAAAUCAUCUGCUCAACUUGAAACAACAGAAACAGAGUUGGCAGAAGAAGUGGAAGAGCUACGAAGAGGUGAAAGAAAUCGAACACUAACAGAAAAAGGAAAAUAACUCCAAGCUGAAAAGUUGAAAAGUGUACAACGUCACUACAGAAUCGUCUAUGAGAAAUGGAGGUACCAUGUGAGAAUAGGCAAAGAAAUACUGAAUGAUGACGCCUCCAAGGAUGAAUUGAGAGAGCUUAUUGCAAAUAUAAAAAGCUCUUGCUCAGAUGUAAAAGCCUUGUAUGAAGAGUUACGUCUCAUACAUACUCCUGAACCAAACCUGCGACGCAGAGUUGAUACAUGCAUAUCACUCUCAGGAUUCAUUAUUCGAAAGGCAGAGAGACAGCUUGAAGAGAAUACAGCAGACUUAAAGGAAGAAUCUUGGCCCGAUGUUGGAUCUGUUCUAAACUCAACUGACUCUUCAUUAUCUCCAUUGUCUUGUCGAUCAAAGUGUAGCUCCGCUCAUUCUAGUCUUCUCAAAAGAUUUGAAGCUGCAGCUGAAGCCGCUGCAUCUCAGGAAGUCCUAGCAGUUUUAGGUGAACAAGAAAAGGAAGCAACAGAACUUCAAAGGCUGGAGACUGAAGAUAAAAAACAGAUGGCCAAAGAUAAGCUCUAAAGAUGGCAGCGAACUAAGAGAAUUUGCAGACUUCCUUAAGAGCUGUGAGGCUGCAAUGCCCCACAUUAAGACAUUAGAAGUACUGAAUGACUGCAACGAGAGUCAACAAAUAUUGAUGAAACUGCCAGAUUGGUUGGUAUCCGGCUGGAACCGAAAAGCAAUGGAGGCCAGACAUGCAAAUGGUGGUUACCCACCAUUCAAAGUGUUUGUAGAUUUCAUAUCAAAGGAAGCAGAUCUCGCAUGUGAUCCCAUAUCCUCGAUACAAGCUAUCAGGAGUGUCGAAAGUGAAAAAACAAAGAAUCCAAGAAGCCAAACUAUUCAAGCAAAGACACUGUCCACAAACACAACACAAAGUAGCAUCCCAACAUGCAUCUUCUGCAAAGGAACAGGACACGUCCUCCCAAAGUGUAGAAAGUUUGUAGAAAAGACUGUUGAAGAUCGCAUCAAGUUUGUGUAUGCAGAAAGGCUAUGCUUUGGAUGUUUGAAUACUGGUCAUCAGUCAAAGGCGUGCAAUGACAAAAGCACAUGUGAAAAGUGUCAGAGGAGACAUCCAACGUGUUUGCAUGACGACAAGUUCAAAGGCAAAAUGUCAACAACCUUUAAUGGAGACGACAUCUCAAAGGACAAAACAGACACCAAAGAAAUCGCUGCAACCACCAACAGAGUCAUACAAGAAGGUCCAAGCACACAAACGUCCGCAAUCAUACCAGUCUGGGUCUCAUCCACAAAACAGCCAGAACAAGAAGUUCUUGUCUACGCACUCUUGGACACACAGAGUGACACGACUUUCAUUCUAGAUGAAGUGGCCCAAAAUCUUGACACAAACAAAGAAAAUGUUCGUUUGCGGCUAUCUACAAUGUCAACAAAGUCAACAGUCAUACCCUGUCAGAAACUGACAGAACUUCAAGUGAGGGGAUACGACCUGGAAAAAAUGAUUCCUUUGCCACCUCUUUUCACAAGAGAGUUCAUUCCAGUUGACAGGUCACACAUUCCUACCUCAGAGACAGCUCUAAAAUGGCCACAUUUGGAACAGUUGGCAGACAAGAUUCCACCACCAUUGGAUUGCGAAGUAGGUCUUUUAAUCGGAUAUAACUGUCAGCAAGCCCUUCUUCCAAGAGAGAUCCUAUCCGGUAAAGACAAUUAUCCAUAUGCACAGCGGACGGAUCUUGGCUGGAGUAUCGUCGGUUGCUCGAAUCCAGCAAAGGAUUACUGUGACACAAUAGGAACUAGUCACAGAAUCGUAGUGCGACAAGUAACACCUGCUGUCCAGCCAGUAAUUCAGCUGAAGAGAGAAGUACACUUUGUGUGCAGAACUCAAGUCAAAGAGAUCCAUCCAACAGACAUACUCAAGGUUCUCGAGUCGGAUUUCACUGAACACACUACAGAUGAUAACCAAGUGUCUCAGGAGGACCUUCUCUUCUUGUCUAAAGUGAAGGAAGGUAUCCGCCAAAGAGAAGACGGCCACUAUGAACUCCCUCUUCCCUUCAAAUCGGAUAACCCUCAUCUCCCUGACAAUAAACGAUCUGCAGUUCACAGACUGAUCUCAUUGGAAAGACGACUAAGGAGAAAUGAACAGUAUUACAAGGAUUACGUUCAUUUCAUGAAUGACAUAAUAACCAGAGGCGAUGCUGAGAAGGUUCCAGAGUCUGAACUCAACAACCAAAUAUCAUGGUACAUUCCGCACCACGGAGUCUACCACCCCCACAAACCCGGAAAAAUCCGUGUGGUUUUUGAUUGUUCAGCACGUUUCCAAGAAACCUCUCUAAACGAUCAUCUCUUGACUGGUCCCGACCUGACAAACACGCUCAUUGGAGUGUUAUGUAGAUUUAGAAAGGGUCCGGUAGCCAUAAUGUGCGAUGUUGAACGGAUGUUCCACCAAUUUCAUGUCACAAAGGAACACCAAAACUACCUAAGGUUUCUCUGGUGGGACAAAGGCGACCUGGACUCAAAACCUUCAGUAUAUAGGAUGAGAGUGCACCUGUUUGGAGCAGCGUCAUCCCCUGGCUGCUCCAACUUUGGAUUCAAACACCUGGCAUCCCAGGGUCAUGGGAAGUUCAGUGAAGAGUCCAUCAAGUUUAUACAGAGAAGCUUCUAUGUGGACGAUGGCCUAAUAAGUGUAAGGUCACCGGCUGAAGCCAUCUGUCUUGUUGAAGAGUCAAGAGCCUUGUGCAGAACAGGAAAUCUUCAUCUUCACAAGUUCGUAUCCAACGACAAAGAGGUGAUUGCCGCAAUACCACCUGAAGAACUUGCCAAAAACAAGGAUCUAGACUUAACUCUUGGAGAACUUCAUAUUGAGCGAGCACUUGGAGUUCAGUGGUGUGUUGAAGCAGAUGAAUUCCAAUUCAGAGUUGUGGUUAAGGAAAAUCCACUGACAAGGAGGGGAGUUCUCUCAACCGUUGCCUCUGUCUUUGAUCCUCUUGGAUUUGUGGCCCCCUUUGUGCUCCUCGGAAAACAAAUCCUUCAGACUCUAUGUCGGGACAGAGUGAGCUGGGACGAAGCUCUCCCUGCUCAUAUCCUGCCACAAUGGGAGUCAUGGCUUAGAGGUUUAUCUCACUUGGCAACCCUAAAAAUUCCAAGAUGUUAUCUUCCAUCAAGCUUUGGCGAGGUCAAACAAUAUGAACUGCACAACUUUUCAGAUGCAAGUACCAACGGCUACGGUGCAUGCUCUUACCUCAGAGCUAUAAGCAAAACAGGUCAGAUAAAUUGCUCACUCAUCAUGGGGAAGGCAAGAGUAGCCCCUACCAAACUAACGACUAUUCCAAGACUUGAGUUGUCGUCAGCUGUGACUUCAGUACGCAAUGGUGAUGUCAUCAAACGCGAGCUGGAGAUUGAAAACCUGCAAGAAUAUUACUGGACUGACUCAAAGGUAGUCCUUGGUUACUUGAACAACGAUGCCAAGAGGUUCCACACGUUUGUUGCCAACCGUAUCCAGCGCAUAAGAUCUAGCACCAACCCUGAACAAUGGCGACAUGUUAGCUCUGAAAAUAACCCAGCCGACUACGCCUCAAGGGGGCUGAGCGCAGUUCAGCUCAAAGAGUCUAACUGGCUAAAAGGACCUGACUUUCUUUUCCAGCUGAACCUUCCAUGUGAAGAGAAGGUGAGAGCAGUGGAAACAGACGAUCCUGAACUUCGCAAAGUUCAUGUUCACACAGUCAAAACUAAGGAAGAAAAUUCACUGUUGAACCGCUUCUCUAAGUUUUCUGACUGGUCCAGGACAGUGAGAGCUGUCGCAAGACUCAAGAGAUUUGUCAGAGAAUCCAGGAGACUUCAGCCAAGAACUAAUGAAGCAACUAACCUUGCAGAAAGAAGAGAAGCAGAAAUCUUUAUUAUCAAGCUGGUGCAAGAAGAGGCCUUCACCGAAGAAAUUAAAACAGUUCAGCUUCAAAAGGGAAGCACCUUGAACAAGCACAACAAGCUACACCUGUUGAAUGCCUUCCUGGACAAGAACAAUGUUCUUAGGGUGGGAGGACGGCUAUCUCAAUCAGCCUUACAUCAUGACAUAAAACAUCCUGCAAUACUUCCGAAGAAAGCUCAUGUGUCCGCCUUGCUCGUCAAACAUCAUCAUGAGCGUGUACAUCACCAAGGAAGAGGCAUGACAAUGAAUGAGGUACGUGCGAAUGGAAUAUGGAUCCUGGGAUGUGGAAAUGUAGUUUCAUCACACAUCUACAAGUGUGUAAAAUGUAGGAAAUACAGAAGAACCACAGAGACUCAACAAAUGGCCGAUCUGCCAGAGGACAGAACCGAGACAUCCCCUCCGUUUACUUACUGCGGUAUAGAUUGUUUUGGUCCCUUUAUUGUGAAGGAAGGAAGAAAGGAGGUAAAACGAUAUGGAUUGUUGUUUACCUGCCUAUGCUCCAGAGCGGUGCAUAUAGAGACGCUAGACGAUUUGAUGACAGAUGCCUUCAUGAAUGCACUUCGAACAAUGGUAGCAAUCAGAGGACCUGUGCGCCAAUUACGAUGCGACCAAGGAACAAACUUCAUUGGUGCCAAGAGGGAGUUUUCUGAGUUGCUCAAAGGAAUGGAUCAGGAACGUCAACGAGCAAUUGGUUGCGAAUUUGUAAUGAAUGUUCCUUCAGCAAGCCAUAUGGGAGGAGUCUGGGAACGCCAAAUCAGAACGAUUCGAAGCAUUCUGACAGUCAUGUUAGACAAGUCUGCAAGCAGACUAGACACCACAACUCUGAGAACAUUCCUUUACGAAACAAUGGCAAUAAUUAACAGCAGGCCGUUAAGUGUUGAACACCUCCACGAUCUUACUGGUCCAGAGCUUCUCACUCCCAACCACAUAAUAACCAUGAAGUCAUCAGUUAUUCUGCCCCCUCCUGGAGAGUUCUGUAAAGAAGACCUCUAUCUGCGCAAGAGAUGGAGAAGAGUGCAGUUCUUAGCCAAUGAGUUCUGGCGAAGAUAGAAACGAGAAUA